UUAAGCGAUUUAGCGAUUCACUGUUGAUCCUAUGCUGAAUAGUUAACUGAUCGUGUAGAUCGUAAAAGCAAACAUGAAAUUAUACACGUCCAAAUCUAUGUAUGCAUGUAUGUAUGCGUAUAUUAGAGUGUGUGUAUAUUCAUAGCGAAAUUGAAAGCGCAAAAAUUGCCCAUUCAGUUCAUUCAGCAUUCAACUGCCGCGAAUACAGAGAGCGCGACAGCGGAUGAGGACGAUCAACACAAUUAACAACACGAUCAUCAGUUUGCAAACCCAACUACGCGCUCAUACAUACACACACACACAUAGCCAAAAUGUACGAGUGUGUGUGCGUAGUCAGCAUGCGGCAUACACAUGCUCACAUUAAGAUCACUCAAGCACAUACACACUCACGCAUAAAAAUCCAAAUAUAUAAUCUUUUUUCAACAUAUGCAUACAUACAUAUAAACAUACAGACAUACAAACGUACAUAAAUUCAUGGAUAGAUAGAACUGAUGGUGUGCUGGUCCAACUAUCGACCCGAUAUGUCGACUUUUAUUGCUGUCAGUUGGUAAGUUCGACUACACAUACGCCCCAUACACACACGCCAUACUUACAUACAUAUGUACGGCUGUUUAGACGCUCAUCCGGCCCCAUCCGUUCGCCUAAUUACAUAUGUACAUGUGCACCAUGAAUGUAGGCUUGUGUGUGCAUAUGCCAUAUACAACACACAUGUAUGUACAUACAUAUACUCGAAUCCGAGCACCAGCCGAUCGACCGUAUAAUGGCUUGUCGGUUGAUCAUUCGGUUCUUGCUGCCACAGCAAAAAUUUGAGAAUGAAAAAUUUGUUCAACUAACAAAAACGAAAAAAUAAAAACUAAAAUGAAAAUCAAAAAAGAUACUCGAAAAAUGAAGAAAAACGUAGAACUGAAGAAGAGGCAGAAACAAAAGGUAUUGAGCAGCAGCAGCGGAAAAAUGAAUAGAAGCAAAACUUCUCAGAUAUUUGCAUUUAUUUAUGAUUGUAUGAUUGUAUGUAUGGACGGAGGCGAAUUGGAUAUGUACUUCCAGCGAAUUGGUCAUGGUUGUUUACAUAUAACCACGCAUUGAAAUCUACAUCCUAUGGAUUUCAAUGUAAACAGGUAUAGCGUACAGAGGUACCUCGUCUCGGCCCGAUCAACACUACACGAAGUACUUUCAUUUCAUUUUCAUAAAAUGGUAAAGUUUUUGCUGCUGACUAUCGGCGUGAUCGUUCGAUGGCACCGGCAUUCAUUAAAUUUCAUUCAUUUUGAAAUGAAUUCGCCGCAAGUGGGCGAACGCCAACAUACCGACGUAAGCAGCAGUCACACUAACAAAAAAGACCGGUAGUAGGCAAAGAGCGACAAUCACAAUUGGAUUUAACGCUGAACGAGUCAGUAACUGAAAGUGAGAAGUCGCUCACUCAUAUGCACUAUAUAUGGUCAAUGGAGGCUAUUACUCAAGAUUUUUACUCAUGAUCCGCGAGCUGACUCAGAUUUGCUCGAACUAAAAGUCUUGCCAAUUCGCUGAAAAAAACAUCAAAGAGAAUCGGUUUUUGAGUUCAUUCACUCAAACUACGCAAUUGACUCAAAGCAAUACUCACCGCUCUCAGUCUUGUUAUGCUCCAGCUCCUAUAUGUAUGCAUUAUCGCUCUUCGCCCACUGUGUCCGUAUACGCGGUUUAAUAUGUGGUGUUCGUACGUGUCGGACUGCUUUGUUGGUGAUGGAUAGAUGGCAUGUGAGCAUUAGCAGCGAGAAGGCAAAAAUUUUGUCGGUUGGCGGCUCGUCGCGCACAUUAGCGUAGUUCAUUUCGCUUAAAAAAGUUUGUGAGUUAAAAACUCGUCAAACGUAGCGCUCGUCGUGCGAUCAGACUAUAAGCGUGUGGAACGGAUCAAACGGUGCGGAUAUUUUCAAUACCAAUUCUUUCCUAUAUAUUUUUCGAGUACGUUCCGAACGUUAAUAAGGCAUUACUCAUUUAAAACAAAAUCGAAACAGAUUUCCAAAAAAAAAAAAUAAAAAUUAACAAGUUGCGUUACGAAAAUAUUUAAAAUAUUCAAACGGACUGUGUGAUGUGUUGACGAAGGUGCAGUGCAAAUAUACGAAAAUCACAAAAUCUGCGAGCGGUUACUUAAGUAACAGUAAAGUGCGUUCAAAAAUCGCAGAAAAUUUGUUUUUAUAUUCUAUAUACAUAUAUAUUAUGCAGUCAAGUGUGCGCUUUUUAACAAAAUAAAAGUUUCCUGAAAAAUACGCUCGAAUUCGUUGGGCAGUGGGUUGGAAAGCAUGUGAGAGUUCUAAUAUUGCGGAAUACCAAAUAUUCUCUUGAUUCACCAAUAAUCAUGUGAAAAACGAAAAAUCCACGAUUUUUCUAAUCUGUGUUUCUGUAGGUAUAUUUUUAGAUACUUCCUCAGCUGGCAAAAGCCAAAGUUGAAGUAAUUAUCGAAGCUUAAUGGCUGCGGAGUGGAUGAAAAGUGAAAACAAAACACACAAAUUCACGCAAAAGAGAAACAUAAAGAAUUAAAAAAAAAUUUUGCCGAUUUAAACGAAAUUUUCAUAAUGUUACAUACGUACAUACAUGCACAUCCGAAAAACGUACGUCGCGAGUUUUUAUGUGAAAUUGCAAAUAUAAAUAAAAUUGAGCACGUACAUAUUUCAAAAAUCCGUUAUCAGCAAUAAGUUUUUGCACAACAAAUAAUUUAUGAAAACAGUGUCAAAGCAUUAUUGACACCAGAAAUCAAAAAAUAAAAAAUGCGUAUGUGCCUGAAAGAAUAUUAAGUACAUGCAUAAAUACAUCGUUUUCCAAUUUUACUUUUUGAUACAAUUUUCAUCGGCUGCGAAGAAAAAGUGCAAAAUAUUUUCAUAGAAAAGUCCCACUGAUUCGAAAAAGUUCAUAAAAUAGGGAUAGUGGUGGAAUAUUUUCCUCCAGAAGUUCGAAAAGUGUUUUCGUUUCUACAAUUUAUCGCAAGAAUUUUUUUGAUUGUCUCACACACCAACUACAACAACUAUAACAACUUGUGAAUGUGCAUUUGCAGAACAACGCCUGGAUUGCUUUUAACAUUUAAUAAGGCCAAUCGUUUCACAUUCAUCGCACUGCGAUUUAUAAAAAUUUGCGUCGGAUCGGAAACUGAGGGUUUGACACGGAUAGUAUACGGUGAUCUGCCCGAAGAGCCGAGCAAAAGAAUGAGGGAAACUGAUGGUCCACGGCUAGCGUACCGAGGGCAUUGAGGUUUCUCAAGCAAAAGUUUGCCACACUACAUGGAUCGUAGAAAUGGCGGCGAUAUUUUGGCGCCACCUCGGCCCCCAAAGCACUUACCACGUGUACAUCGUCCCCGAGCACCCGAGCCAGAGACUAUGUUAAACGGAUCGCAAACGCAAACGGAGUGGCAACAGCAACAGCAACAACAGCAGCAACAGCAGCGGGAACAGGAACAAAAGCAGAAACAGCGGCAAAUGUCGACGACAACGUCGACAGCGACAGCAGCAACGAACACGACGAGCACCGAAGUAGCGCAAUGUACAAUUAGUAAUAACCAGCCAGAGCAACAGCAACAGCAACAGCAACAGCCGCAGCAGCAUAAUUUUAAUAGCAACAUUUAUUCAAGUCAAUAUAGUAUUACGGGGGCAGAUCGAGGUGUUGGUACAAACAGUCGAAAUGAAAGUGUUGCCGUUAAUGGUGUUACAACAUUAAUGCAACCAGAGUUCGAGGACUACGAGAUUCAUCAUUUGACGAUACUGCCGCAGCGACCGACCACACUGAAUCUCAGCCGCAAUAGCAGCCACGUCAGCACCACAUCCUCUUCGACAUCAUCAUCGUCCAUAACUGCGGCGAAUACGUUUACACGCCGCAGACAAUUGCCGCCUACCCCGGGUGCCGCUGCACGACUACUUGUAAAUAACAAUACAAACAACAACAACAGCAACAGCAGUAUCAGCAGCAAUAACAACGCGCGUAGCCAAUCGAACAAUAACGGUGGCUUAAGUGGUGGUCUCACUGGUUUACUCAGUCAUUUCCAUAGCACCGAACCAGCUGCUGCUUCCUCAGUCACGCUGGCUCAACCGCGACCCGAGUCCCAGAGGCUCACCAACGAGUACGUCGAUACUCCGUUCCGAAACGCUGCACCCAAUGCUGGCUUACCGAAUCAACUGCAGCUGCAACAUGCUUCGCGCGCGCAACAUCCGGCGGGACAGCAUGAUGGUGGCCAAACGACAACGCAUCAUCUAUUGUUGCUGCCACAGCGAGAAUUCCGUCAACAACAGCAGCAACAACAACACCUGCAGCACCAGCAUCAGCACCAGGUACAUUCGAACCGCUUGGCGGCGGGAACAGUGGCUUCGACGACCGUCACGGCGGGCAUCGACGGCACAGACGGCUUCUUACAUUCGCAUCAUAAUCACAAAACGCCUACGCCCACUCCAGCGACAACAACCUGUCCACAUACUGGCAAGGUGAUUCCAGUCGCGCCGAAUGGGCACGGUAGUAGUAGCAGCGGUUUGGGCAGCUUUACCAGCUCACUGAACGCGCAACAGUCAUUUACUCCGGCAAUCACCAAACAACCCGCCUCAACGACCAGCCAAACGUCGCACAUCGGCAGCAAUAAUUGCAAAUUUGCUAAAAAUCUACCCGCAUUCGAUGACUUGUUAACCAUGCACAACAUAGCGACGGGCAUUUCCACGCCACAGGGUAUGAUAUCCGCUGUACACGGCGCCAGUCCGCUAGGUACACCCAUCAUACUGGGCAGCAGCGGUGAUACAUCCUCAUUGAAUCAGCUGCUUUGCCCACGAUGCGGUCAUUGCCGUUGUGAACAGUGCCAAAGUCCACCUCAUCUGCCGCAAACGUGGCUCUGCAAUAAGACCUGCCUGUGCAGUGCCGAAUCGGUCAUCGAUUAUGUGUCGUGUCUGUGUUGCGCCAAGGCGUUAUUCUACCAUUGCGCACGCGACAACGACAUGGACUGCGAUGAUGGCUCCGGCACACCAUGCGUUGACAAUCCCUGCUCAUGCGGACCCUACAAACGUACGCAGCGUUGGGGUUGGCUGGGCGCACUAUCGCUCGUACUACCCUGCCUUUGGUUGUAUUGGCCGAUGCGCGGCUGCGUAUCCUUCUGUGAGAAAUGUUACGGACGGAUUGUGGGCCGUGGUUGCCGCUGUCAACAAACGGACUCGCCAACCAACAUUAUACCGAUAUCACAGUUGGGCCUUAACGGAAAUGGAAGCAGCGGUACGGCAAGCAUUUUAAGCGGUAACAAUGGUGGUAGUGAUUCAUUGAAAUCAGCCAAUGGACAUCAUCAUCAUAACCAUCAUCACCAUCACAAUCAUCAUAUGCGAAAAGGCGAUCUAACGCCUAAGAAACGACUGCUCGAUUCAAAUGGCGAAUACUAAAACUAUAAAGGCUAUAUAUCUACAGCCAAACUGGUAUAGAAAUUUGUAUGCGGAAACGCCAUUUAACUAGGGUACUACAUGUGUAUGAAGUACAGAAGUUGGAUCAGAGAAGAUUUAUAACUGAAGAAGAACCACUGCUGGCGGUGGGUUGUGGCGUGAGGCAGUCAUAGAGAAUAGAGACUAUGUGACCGGGGUAAAAGGGUGGUGGUAGUAGUCUAGUUUAUCGAGCAAAAAAUCGCCUGAUUGUAGAGAAGUGUUAAUUGACUGACAAUCAAGCAACAGUAUUUUAAUGUAAAAGAACUUGCAUUUAUUGUGCGCAAUGAGUUCCAAUCUCUAUCUUUCUGUAUUUCUAACUCCUUCUCCCAAAUUUAAGCUGACCGCCGGACAGGGUGUAAACCAAUCACUGCUGCCACAUAGCGCCGAGCCCGCCGCGGCAGUGCCUUAGUGCUAGAAACAGAAGAGUAGAGAAGACAGUAAACAGAAGGGGGAAAAAGCUGCUUACAACAAAAAAUGCAGAACGAAAUUAACUAAAUGAACUAUAACGGUCAAAGAAAAAGAAGUUGAAAAUAACAUUAUAGAUGGGUAAGAAAGUAAAGAAAAUGGGAAAUUCAUGAAUAAACUAUAUAUUUAGAGUAAAAAAAAUAAUAACCAAAGACUGCAAACAGAUAAUUAUUAAUUAUUAGAAAUGUUAAUUAAAAGGGAGUUAAAAAGCGUGCUUUCUAAUUUUAACCAUUUAAUAUUUCAUUGUGCAAACGCAAUUUUAAUUUCAGUUUGAAUUUUUCAAUUUUUUUACCCAACACAGUCGAUCGUAAAUGUGCCGUGUUUUAUCGUAAUUUGGUUUCAACGUUUUUCAGUAGAGAAAAUGUAAUAAAUUUCCACUAAAAUUCACAAACUAUUCACUUGUAAAACUAAACACUUUUAAUAAAUUAUUUUUGUUAUAACUUUUUUAUUAAUUACUUUUACUUUCUUUAACGGUUUAUUUGUUCACCAUCUAAGUCAGGUCGAGGUGUCAAACAUUGACACACUUAAUUGAAUACUUUAUAACAUAAUUCCAUUGUAAAAAGAAAACUAAAAAAGUAAACAAAAAUAAAACAAUUGUAUAUAAGAAAUCGUAAACCAGGCGCUGGUAUUCGUACGGAGUAGCAAAGUGUAAAACUAAGUGAAAUAAUCGGAAAACGAGAGUAUGUGUAUGGAAAAGCUUAAAGCUCGAGAUAAUUUAGAGGAUAGGUAAACGAAUAGCUAAGGCAAAUUAGGGUGCGCUUUUGAAGACGCUGGUCACUGAAACGGUACACAGAGGGCUUAGCUUAUGCGACAUGCUAAACAAAACUAUUUUAAUUAUUUUUCAUUUUUCUUUUCGAAAUCGUAGAAGUCUGUUUAUAGCAAUGUGAGCAAUAAUAUGCAAACCUACCAAACAAAUGUUAGUCUGUGUUAGUUAAAACCUUUAGUACUGGAUGCGCUCCAAAAGUCCGACAGAAUACACUCAUAUUUCACAAUUUAACACUCCUUUUUGUGCAAAAAGAUAUAAAUAAAAUUGAAAA